AUGGUCCUGUUCUUGCUCCUGGUGGCCCUUCUGUGCCCUACUGGGGAGGCAGGGAAAAUCAUCGGGGGCCAUGAGGCCAAGCCUCACUCCCGUCCCUACAUGGCGUUUCUUCAGUUCAAGAUUUCAGGGAAAUCUUACAUAUGUGGGGGCUUCCUUGUGCGUGAGGACUUCGUGCUGACAGCAGCUCACUGCCUAGGAAGCUCAAUCAGCGUCACCCUUGGGGCCCACAACAUUGUGUACCGAGAGAGGACCCAGCAGGUCAUCCCAGUGAGAAGAGCCAUCCCACACCCACACUAUAAUGAUAAAACUUUGGCCAACGACAUCAUGUUACUGCAGCUGUCUAGGAAGGCUGACAUGACAGAUGCAGUGAGCCCCAUCAAUCUGCCCAGGAGCUUGGAGAAGGUGAAGCCAGGGAUGAUGUGCAGUGUGGCCGGCUGGGGGCAACUGGGGGUAAAUAUGCCCUCUGCAGACAAACUACAGGAGGUGGAUCUUGAAGUCCAAAGUGAGGAGAAAUGUAUUGCGCGUUUCCAAAACUACAUCCCCAUCACGCAGAUAUGUGCUGGCGAUUCAACCAAGAGGAAGAGUUCUUUCUCGGGUGACUCUGGGGGCCCACUUGUGUGUAAUGGUGUGGCCCAGGGCAUUGUGUCCUAUGGAAAAUAUGAUGGGACAACUCCAAAUGUCUACACCAGAAUCUCCAGCUUUCUGUCCUGGAUCCAGAGAACCAUGAGACGGUACAAAUGCCAGGGAUCAACAUGA